AAAAGAACAGACCUCGUGAUAGCACGUAUCUGCGACUGCAGUGUACAGAGUACCAGUACCAGAAUACAUCAUUUCGGUAUCCUUCAUACGUGUCCGUCCGUCGCUGUGUCCUGUGUCUCCUCAUCUGUGUUGUUGCUCCUAAAAGUUGCGCUACGGCAUACAUUACAAAAUCUAUAUGGAGAUUGUCCGCCGUCACCGUGUCUCACUCGUGGGAUCUCCUCUUGUUCGUGCAUACGCGUAAAGGGAGCCCGGCCGGUCGGCGCGCCUCGUUUAGGAACUGAUAACCAUGUAUCGAAGACAGCAGUUUCUCUGCUUGCUGGCGCUUGGCCUUUUCGUGCUGUCGGCCCUCGCCGAUGAGCACACGCACAUCUAUGAGGAUGGCGAUGAGGUUGUGCUAUGGAUGAGCACUGUAGGACCGUACCACAAUCGUCAAGAGACGUAUUCUUAUUAUUCCCUACCCUUUUGUACAGGUACCAAGAAUGUUAUCAAUCAUUAUCACGAGACCUUGGCAGAGGCUCUACAGGGCAUUGAGUUGAAGUUCAGUGGUUUAGAAAUUGAAUUCAAAGAGGAUAUCUCGAAAACAGAAUACUGCCAGAUAAGUUUAAACGAAGAAAGUCAGAAAGCGUUUGCAUAUGCAAUAAAGAAUCAGUAUUGGUAUCAGAUGUAUAUUGAUGAUUUACCAAUAUGGGGUGUUGUAGGAGAGAUGGAAAACAAUGACGGAGUUUCAGUAUCAGAUUCCUAUUAUAUUUGGACACAUAAAAAGUUUGAUAUCGGAUACAACGGUAAACAAAUAGUGGAUGUUAAUCUGACCAGUGACAACAGAGUGAAACUGGUGCAAGGCGCGCGUAUACCUUUUAGCUAUGAAAUUAAUUGGAAGAAGAGUAAUAUCAAAUUUGAGGAUAGAUUCGACAAGUAUCUGGAUCCUAACUUUUUUCAACAUAGAAUACACUGGUUUAGCAUUUUCAACAGUUUCAUGAUGGUAAUUUUCCUCGUCGGGCUUGUUUCAAUGAUUUUGAUGCGUACUUUAAGAAAGGAUUAUGCUAGAUAUAGUAGAGAUGAAGAGAUGGACGACAUGGAGAGAGAUUUGGGCGAUGAGUAUGGUUGGAAACAGGUGCAUGGAGACGUGUUUAGGCCUGCGAGUCAUGCUAUGUUCUUUUCAGCUCUCAUAGGUGCAGGCUAUCAGGUCACAGUGGUGGUGUUGAGCGUAAUUAUCUUUGCUAUCUUGGGUGAGCUUUAUACAGAACGUGGUUCAAUGUUGUCAACGGCAAUAUUUGUAUAUGCUGCCACAUCGCCCAUUAACGGUUAUGCGGGUGGUGGACUGUACGCACGGAUGGGUGGACGUGUGUGGAUCAAACAAAUGAUCUUCAGCGCUUUUAUGUUACCACUCAUGGUCUGUGGUACUGCUUUCUUUAUCAAUUUCAUCGCCAUGUAUUACCACGCCAGCAGAGCAAUACCUUUCGGAUCCAUGGUUGCGGUGACAUGUAUCUGCAUAUUUGUGAUAUUACCGCUGACACUGGUAGGUACCAUUCUAGGCCGUAAUCUCGCUGGGACACCUGACGCUCCGUGCCGUGUAAAUGCAGUGCCUCGACCAAUACCCGAGAAGAAAUGGUUUAUGGAACCGCUAAUAAUCAUAAUGCUCGGUGGAAUUCUACCCUUCGGUUCGAUUUUUAUUGAGAUGUAUUUCGUCUUUACCUCAUUUUGGGCAUAUAAGAUCUACUAUGUCUAUGGUUUUAUGUUACUAGUAUUCGUAAUUCUCAUGAUAGUGACAGUAUGCGUCACUAUCGUAUGUACAUAUUUCUUGCUGAAUGCCGAAGACUAUCGAUGGCAGUGGACGAGCUUUCUUGCAGCGGCUUCGACGGCCGGUUAUGUUUACAUUUAUUCCUUUUACUACUUCUUCUUCAAAACUAAAAUGUACGGUCUCUUUCAAACGGCGUUUUAUUUUGGCUAUAUGGCAUUGUUCAGCUUGGCCCUGGGUAUUAUGUGCGGCACAGUCGGAUAUAUGGGCACCAAUGCGUUCGUGCGAAAGAUAUACUCCACAGUCAAAAUAGACUAAAAUCACUGAUUGAAAUAUUUGUAUCAUGGAUCGUACAAUGUAAUUCCUAAAAUUGUGCGCGUGCGACGCUCAUUGCUCUUGAGAUGAAGUAUGUACUUUAUUUGUCUAAAGCAGCUGUGUCACGUCACAUCACGAGAGUGCAAUACUUGUUUUUCAGCUUUACUUAUCAUCAACUCAAUUAACAUCUGCUUCAAAAGUGGCACACGACGUGUGUCCUUUUGUGGAUAUACGAUUAUUCUUCCAACUAAACUUACGUCGUCGCGUGUUAAACAUUCAAACGACGUCUUCAUCUCGUAUGCGUUCGUUUCUUUUUCUU